GCCUCUCCUCCUCCCAUCGAAAGAGCAAGAAGCCUCGCCGGCGGUGCUUCCGGUGCCUCACCUCGGACCAUGUCAUCUUCGACUGCAGGGACCCCGUCCGUUGCGCCCGCUGCUGGCCCUCCGGUCAUCGUAGCUUCAGUGCCAUGAAUGCCAUGCCCGACAACACCGCCGCCAACACCGCCCCCGCCAUCCAGCCGCCUGUCGCGGUGGCCCCGACUUCGCUUCGCUUCGGCUCCUUCCAGGUGGAGGUCGGCGACGCGGGCUCCUCCAUCGCCUCUUCCUCCUUGCUGAUCUGCCUCAACCCCUCCUCCCACGAGCCCCACCUCAUCUGCCCAGAAGUUGCUCUCGAUCUCAACUCACCACCUCCUGACCUCUCCACUCCGGUCGACGGCCUCGCUAUCAGGCUGCAGCUUCACCUCCUCAAAGCUAUCCAUGACCUAGACGAGGCGGCUGCUGCCACAGCCCGCCGCCUCAACCUAUCCCCGCCCCGCCCAACCCAGGCUUCCCACCGUGCACCUCACCCGCCCCCGGUGCCCUCCGCACACCGCAACAGAGGCCCUCCCACCUUUGCUCCCAUCCCUACUCCUCCUCGCUAGCCUUCAUUGUAGUCCCGCCCCAGCUUGUCCAGGACGACAUAGCUAGGUAUGCCUUCGUCCACUUCCGCACUCCCGUCCACAACCCUUUCCGGGAGAUCCUCGCGUGCUCAGAGAGCGCGGAGGCAACCCUGUCUUUCGUGUUGCCACGUCUUUUCGUGGUGCGGGCCUAGUCUCCUUUCCAUCUGCGGCCGCUCGCCAUGGCGUCAUCGCACGUGGCCCCAUGCAUGUUGAUGGUAACACCAUCUCCUUUGAGCCAGCUGAGAACCAUGGCCGUUCCACCGCUCUGUUCGAGGAUGAUCUCACGGAGUUGGAGGCCAUUGGCUUCCCUCUUGAGCUCUGGCACCCUUUGGGUGUUCAUUUCGUCCUCAACUUUCUUGGUGAAAUCUUCUCCAUCGACCAGUACUGCCUCCUUUCCAAUGAGCGCACCUCCAUUAGGGAUCAUGUCGCCCUAUUCAAGGGCACCUCUCUGCCUGAUGCUCUCACUGUCCAGCUUCCUAAUCUCGACAUCCUAGUUGUCCAGCUGCACGAGCACGGGAAGGUCACCCGCAUCGGCCCAAGUGACCCUUCCCCCUUCUCCUCUGAUGGGGACUCGGACUCCGCUUUGGACUCGACUUCCGACUCGGACUCCCCCACCCCAUAUCCCUCUAUUGGCCUUCAGUGUGUUGCGGCUGCCAUGGCAACGUUUGGCCCCUUCACCGUCUCACCGGAGUUCCCCCAGGGGCCGCCUCCUUUGCCUUCAAGAAACGCUUUGCUUGCCGCUGACGCCUUUGUUGAGCUUGCCAUCAGCUCAUCUGAUGAUGAUGUCCCUCUUGCCAGGAUCGGCUUGGCUCCUCCAGUCCUUUUGGAUUCCAUCUUGUCCGAUAUCCCGGCUGAUCCUACAGAACACGAGUUGCCUCUAAUCACCUCGCCGGAUCACUACAUGCCCGACCCCGCUCCUGCACCUGCUGCUUCCGAUGGCACGGCCAUCUUGACGACGGUGCCUCACGCUGCCUCGCCGGUGGUUUACUCUUGCCGUCCAAGGGCGGUUGUGGCGCCGGCGCUGCCCUCCCUGCCGGCCUUGGAUCUGGAAGCUGAGCAUGUGGUGCACGAGGCCGUCACCAAGAAGGGACGUGCCUGCCGCAGGCGUGCCAGCUCUAUUCUGCACAUUAGGCGGAGUGCUCGGCUCGCCGAGAUGGAGCCAUACAAGAAGGAAACCAUGCAGGAUAAGGCGUCCAAGGCCAAAGCCAAGUGCAUGGAGCUGGGCAACUCUGCGCGUGAUUUCGACGAUGUUGUGAGCUCUGCUCGCCUGUACCCCGAUGAUGUUCAGCCUGGCUCCCCCCGCGCUCUCGCCGCUCUGGCCAUCGAGUGUGGCUCUUCUCCUCAUGAGGCUGAGUCUGUGGCCUCCUCUGCUGGUGCCGUGGCCAAGUGACUUAUGCAUUGCUGUAUCAAGAUGCCCGGCUGCUGCCGCUGCUUGUGUUCACCGACAAGCUUAUAUGUAUUCGUCUAUGUCUGUAUCAGUAGUUUUCUUCCUUGUGUCAUGUACUUUCCCUUUAUGAUGGUGUUUGUUGUAGUGCUUUAUGUCUAGUUCUACCUUGUCGUUCUGUUCGUGGAAUAUAAGAGGUUUAGGGAAUGA